GAAAAACUCGUUCAGGUUCUUGAUCCCGGUGAUCGUUGCGCAUCUCCGUCUGUUCUGAUUAUUUGCACUCAUUUGCGCUCUUUCGUUGGUCCAUCGAAAUCGUGGUUCCUUAUCUACCUUACCCAUUUAAUCAACAUGCCUGUUCUCGAUACGCGACUCAUCCAGGAGGGGAUGAUGGAGGUCGGACACGAAAUCAUGAAAAGAAGCGUCGACCACACCGUACUAGAGACACUGGCAGUGGCUGGUACAUGUAUAUUUGGUGUGGGCGGCUUCAUUUACUGGAUCAACCACCGGUGAACAACCGAACGUCACUAGAAAGGUUGCAGUGACAAAGCACCCCAACGAACAUUACGAAAGACUGCGAACGCCGAAACAGAGACAGCGCAAAUAUCAAGUUCGACGCUUCUUAACUAAUACCCACAUCAAACCAGGUGCAGGACACCAGUAAUACUUGUCACAAUGGCAUGAGUAAAGGGCUGGCAUAAUCAAUAUCGACACAAGCAAGGCGAUGCUGCGGCCUAUGCCCUAUGGCUCCAUGUCCCGCUAGCAAUCCGAAGUCAACCUGCCAGAUAUCACGAGAUACAAUGCAUCAUUCAGAGGCACCGACAGCUUUCACAGAGCGAGGUCAUUUGGCCAUACAAAUUUUUGUAAUUUAGAAGCAGACGCUCCAUUUGAUACCCUAUAAAUUCGUAUAAGC